CUAACUCAACGUCCGGCUUUGUCUCAAAGCCAACCGCAUGCCCAUUAACUUAUUUCUGAACAAUAUCUUUUAUACCAAUACCUGCGUCUGUCUCCUGAAUUUCCUUGGAGACGUUCUGAUUAACCCUCAGCAAAGAUGGCGCCCAAGGCGAUGAUUCCCGUCCUGGUCGCCAUGAUGCUGGUUACUGGGGUGUGCAAUACACUUCUUACAAAAUAUCAGGACAUGCAGUGUGUGCGAAACUGUGAUGAUCCGGAUCCCAAAAACCGGGUUGUUUUUGAACAACCUGUACUUCAGACAUUACAAAUGUUUAUCGGGGAAAUGGGCUGCUGGCUUGUUUUGUUUGGCAUCAAUAUGUGGAAUCGUCAUGUUAGGCCGCGUUGGGGAGGUUCCUCAGCACCUUUGAUUGCAGGAGGAUACGAGCCGGUUGGCGAUGGGUCGGGCGACCUGCCUCCAUAUGAUGAUGAUGCCGAAGAAGAUAUAUCAGCUCACGACGAUGUUGCGAAGUCGAAUGAUCAUGAUGACUCCCGAACCAAGCUGCGAGGCAUGAAAAUCUUCCUGCUCGCUGCCCCUGCAUGCUGUGACAUAUCCGGUACAACUCUUAUGAACGUUGGCUUGCUCUUUGUAGUGGCAAGCAUUUAUCAGAUGACACGUGGAGCGCUCGUUCUAUUUGUCGGUCUGUUCAGCGUAUUGUUUCUUCGACGAAGACUAUAUAUGUAUCAGUGGAUGGCUCUGGUUUGCGUUGUCUUUGGUGUCGGCCUCGUGGGUCUCGCUGGUGCAAUUUUUAGAGAUCACCAUGAACCUAUGGAAGCCUCCCCGAAGGAUCUCGUCCAGCUUAUGUCCCGAGCCGCCCAAGAGCUUCAUGCAACCGCCAAAUCUCCUGAAGCUGUAAAGGUAAUCAUUGGCGUGCUCUUAAUUGCCGGAGCUCAGAUUUUCACUGCCACUCAGUUUGUUUUAGAAGAAUGGAUUCUUGAAAGAUAUGCCAUGAAUCCAUUAAAGGUUGUCGGUUGGGAGGGCAUUUUUGGUGCCGUGGUGACUACCGUUGGCAUGGGUGUCUUAUAUCUCGCCAUUGGCCGAACAGAGCACGGCAGAUAUGGAUAUUUCGAUGCUGCUGAAGGGUGGAGAAAUAUGACAAAUAACAAAACAGUCGCUUUUUCUAGCCUUUUGAUCAUGAUCAGCAUUGGUGGUUUCAAUUAUUUUGGUCUAAGUGUUACCCGUUCUGUCUCGGCAACUUCGCGCAGUACAAUUGACACGUCCCGUACACUAUUCAUCUGGCUUGUGUCACUUGGACUUGGAUGGGAAUCUUUCAAAUGGCUACAAGUUGUGGGGUUUGCGAUGCUGGUAUAUGGCACCUUCUUGUUCAACGACAUUGUCCGUCCACCAUUGAAGGCUUGUCUUCCUAAGAGAUCGCCUGGGGAAGCCCACGAGAGUCUGCUUCCCGAGGAGCCAAUCGAGCACAUAUAAAUUAUACCUAAGGGGGAA